UUUUGCUUCCAUUUCAACAAGCAGACUGCAAAUUCUUCAAAAUCUACUUCACAUCUGCUCCACCAUUAUCAACAAUCGGAUUCUGUAGCCAAUGGGUAUCGCCCUUUUUCAGCCUUUUCCUCCUCGCAUAUCCGAUAUUCAAAGGGUCAGGUGGAUGAAAGCCAGAGCUUGAGCCUAGAAAAUAUAAGGCAUUCUUUAAUUCAACAAGAGGAUAGCAUAAUAUUUAGCCUUUUGUUGAGGGCUCAGUAUGAUUAUAAUGCAGACACAUAUGACCCUGAUGCAUUCCCCAUGAAAGGUUUUCGGGUGUCAAUGGUUGAGUAUAUUGUUAGAGAAACUGAAAAGCUCCACGCUCAGAUGGGCCGCUACAAAAGUCUAGAUGAGCAUCCAUACUUCCCGGAACACUUACCAAAAUCAAUGUUCCCAUGCUUGCAGCACCCGCAGAUCCUCCAUCCCUGUGCUGGUUCAAUCAAUAUCAACAAGAAGAUCUGGGAUGGGUAUUUUAGAAAUCUUCUUCCCAGAUUGGUCAAAGCUGGAGAUGAUGGUAAUUGUGGAUCUGCUGCUGUUUGUGACACAAUGUGCUUGCAGGCAAUGUCAAGGAGAAUCCACUAUGGAAAAUUUGUGGCUGAGGCUAAAUUCCUAGAAUCCCCUGCUGAAUAUGAGGCUGCUAUUACAAAGCAAGAUAGCAGAAAACUCAUGGAGAUGCUGACAUAUGAAUCUGUGGAAGCAGCAGUCAAGAAGAGAGUAGAAAUGAAAGCAAAAACAUUCGGCCAAGACAUAAUAAUUAACCCACAGGAAGAAGAAGCUGAGCCCAUAUAUAAAGUGAAGCCAAGUUUGCUUGUCAAUCUGUAUGGCGACUGGAUCAUGCCCCUAACGAAGGAAGUUGAAGUUGAGUACUUGUUGAGGAGGCUUGAUUAAUGUGGAGUAAUGCAUUAUGUUUCUUUCAUGCUUUUAAGGAACUUAGUUUGAAGAGUUCAUUGGAACAUUUCAAUCAUGUUAUGGACCUUGCACAUUAUCAAUAUUAUUCAUCAUUUUCCUAA